GGUUGGGAGGCAAACCGGAAGUGAGGGGUGGUUUCGCGGUGUGCUCUCCACCAAGUCCGGGAAUCGCCUGGGUUCUGCCCUUUCCCCUUAGCUCUCCUGUGACAACAGGAAGCGGAAAUAAAGAAUGAGUAUGCCCGCUGCCUCAGCAACGCGAGGAGUCAAGUGACACAACCUGCUGACUCCGGUAGAGGAAGUGUCUGGGGCGGCCCGUACCGGAGCUGUGGCAGCCACGAUUACCCAGACGGGGACCUUAGAUCGUCACAAUGUCGGGCAAAGACCGAAUUGAAAUCUUUCCCUCGCGAAUGGCACAGACCAUCAUGAAGGCUCGUUUAAAAGGAGCACAGACAGGUCGAAACCUCCUGAAGAAAAAAUCUGAUGCCUUAACUCUUCGAUUUCGACAGAUCCUAAAGAAGAUAAUAGAGACUAAAAUGUUGAUGGGUGAAGUGAUGAGAGAAGCAGCCUUUUCAUUAGCUGAGGCCAAGUUCACAGCAGGGGAUUUCAGCACUACUGUCAUCCAAAAUGUAAAUAAAGCCCAAGUGAAAAUUCGAGCGAAGAAAGAUAACGUAGCAGGUGUUACUUUGCCAGUAUUUGAACAUUACCAUGAAGGAACUGACAGUUAUGAACUGACGGGUUUAGCCAGAGGUGGGGAACAGUUGGCUAAAUUGAAGAGGAAUUAUGCCAAAGCAGUGGAACUACUGGUAGAACUGGCUUCACUGCAGACUUCCUUUGUUACUUUGGAUGAAGCUAUUAAGAUAACCAAUAGGCGUGUAAAUGCCAUUGAACAUGUCAUCAUUCCCCGGAUUGAACGUACCCUUGCUUAUAUCAUCACAGAGCUGGAUGAGAGAGAGCGGGAAGAGUUCUAUAGGUUAAAGAAAAUACAGGAAAAGAAAAAGAUCCUCAAGGAAAAGUCUGAGAAGGAGUUGGAACAACGGAGAGCAGCUGGGGAGGUGAUGGAGCCUGCUAAUCUUCUGGCUGAAGAGAAGGAUGAGGAUCUUCUGUUUGAAUAAUCUUUCUUGCUGAUUCUUUUGGAAACCCUAACACGGGCUUCAUUUUAGUUCACAGUGUGUUAAGUUUGAUUUGUGUGGCUGUUUAUUUUUUGGCCUAAGAAUUUCACUGAUUGUAAAGUUUACCUGGGUGUCUAUUUAUGGGAUUAUAUUGCACAAUCAUGAUUCGGCAACCCUUUGUCAUAGGUGAAAGAGCUUUGUAAAACCUGCUCAGGAAUUAACUCUGCAGAAGUGUCAGCCAGCUCCACUUAACAUCUGUGUUACAUGAUCUGCUUACCAAGCAUAUUAGGAAAUACCCCUAAGGAAACACUAGUGGUCUCAGACCACCUACUGUGGAGCAGCCUGCCUUCCUACCCACCUCGGCGCUGUUGUCAGAGAUCGCUGCCGUCAUCCUUGUGUUACUAUGGCACUUUUCUUCUCAAGCUUUGUGAAAUCAACUUAUUUUUCUUUGCAUGACAGGUGUAUCUUAUCUGACAGCUGUUUUGCCAGUUUAAAUGUGAUUAAAGUAUAAACAGAGUAAAAUGAUUUAAAA